CUUCUGAGAAGUUCUAGAACGUUCUUCUUUCCCGCGCAAAAACAAAACCGCGUUUCACCAUAGCUGUUCAUCGGAAUCGUUGUUGUCACUCAUCGUCUGAAAAAGAUUACAAUUUUACAAUCACUGGCUGGGUUCUUUGAUGGUCAUUUUGUCGGAGGCUGCGGUUUCGAGUUGUUGCAGGAAGAGGAAGUCCCGAAGUAGACAAGAUGCAACUCUAUCAGUUGCUGAGACCCUCGCCAAGUGGGAAGAGCAUAAUGCCCAGCUCGACUCUUGCAAUAUUGAGACUAAAUCAGUUCGUAAAGCUCCAGGUGUUGGGUCAAAGAAGGGGUGUAUGAAAGGAAAGGGAGGUCCUAAGAACUCGUCAUUUAAGUACAAAGGUGUUAGGCAGAGGACAUGGGGUAAAUGGGUUGUGAAAUUCGUGAACUAAAGGGAAAAAGGCUAUGGCUUGGUACUUUUGAAAAUGCUGUUGAUGCUGCCUUGUCUCAUGAUAAAGCUGCAAGAGCAAUGUACGGUUCUCUUGCCUGCCUCAACUUUACGGAUGAUUGUUCAGCGACAACCUCAUCAAGCAUAUGUUGCAGUCACUGAAUCUGUUGAAGAAGAAUCUGAUGGCAUUUCAAAGUGUUUUUGGGAUGACAGACGAGUAUUCUAUGAAUGAAAUGUUUUAUUUGAAGGAAGUUAACACUCUCUUUGACACUAGUCAUCUCCCUGAUAUUGUCGGUGUUGGCUAAUGAUGCUGGUCAGCUUUAGUUCUCUGCCAUUCAGACUCUGAAUGAUAUGGCAGCAAACACCUUCCAGAGUUGAUAAGUUUUGAGUUAUAUAAGACGUCAGAUAGACAGAAGAGUAUUAGAAUUAUUAGAUGAUUUAUCAGAUUUCUCAUUUUGUGUAGAGGGGAUAAUGAAUGUUAGAUAGGAGGCAGACUUGGAUUCUUUUUGGCUGACUGAGCUGAUUCUUUAAGGGUUUUAGAUUGGGGAAUUGGCUUUUUAUUUUUUAUUUUUUUGAUGUAACAAAUAUACCACUUUAGGAUGCACAAUGUUCAAUUGAAUGAUAAACAAAGUUUAUGUUUGAUAUACUGCAUAAUUUUUUGUCA